AUGUUGGGCUUUGCAAGUGAUGAAGGUGUGCGGAGGAAUAAGGGCAGAAGGGGUGCUGCCGCGGCACCGGAUGCCAUCCGACGACUGCUUGCAAACAUGGCCGCUCAUAGUGGACAUCAUAAUAUUGUAGACUAUGGAACAUUGACCACCGAGGAUGACGACCUGGAGUCGAUGCAGAGUAACUUGGCCACACGAGUGACCGAGGUUCAAAAGAGUGGUCAAUGUACGUUGGUUUUGGGCGGUGGUCACGAGACUGCCUAUGCUCACGGACUUGGACUAUACGAAGCUCAUCCAGAAGCAAAAGUUGGAAUCAUUAACUUUGAUGCACAUCUCGAUCUGCGGACGAAUGAUCGGUCGACCUCUGGCACACCAUUCCGACAACUACACGAGUACUGCAUGAGGACGCGACGUCCAUUCAACUACAUGGUCAUUGGCGCGAGUCUGGCCUCAAACACAGUGACACUGGCCAAUGAUGCCAAACGAUUUGGUGUCAAAGUCAUUUGGGAUACAUGCUUUAUGGAGCUUUCAAGGCAAGACAUCGAGAAACAAGUUACAGAGUUUAUUAAUGGCUGUGAUGUACUAUACUUGACAAUUGACCUGGACGUGCUCCCUGCUUGGCAGAUGCCUGGUGUGUCUGCACCUGCGUCUCUAGGUGUUUCAAUUGAUCACUUGUUACCAUUGAUCACCAAGGUUUGCCAUGCAAGUUCAUUAAGAGCUGUGGACCUCGUUGAAUACAAUCCAUCCACUGAUAUACAACAAAUUGGUGGUAGGCUAGCGGCAAGAAUAGCAUGGCAUAUACUACAUCACUGGGAGCGAGUGGAGUAA